AUGAAGAAGUUAUUCUAUAAGAUUCCCAUCGCAGUUGUGUCAACCGAUGUGAAGUAUGAUACAUUUGUAAUAUCGACCGAUGAAGAUAUUCGGGUUUUGUUUCAUUGUCUCAGGAGUUUUCCAGAGGUCAAAAUACACGAGCUGUAUGCGAAGUUGGAGGUCGGUGUCGAUAGUUCUGGGGCAUCAGCUCCGGUUCCUAGCUCGACUACCAUGGGCGGUGCGUCUAGUUCGAUGACUGCGGUCGUACCAAAUGUUCCUUACAUUGCAUCUCCUUCCUUUGCGGUUGAUUUAAACCAUACAGAGGCAGUUGGGUUCAGAGAACCUGAUGGAGUUGAGAAUGCAAUGCGGGACGAUGAUGAGCCUGUUGAUAUAAAUGGGAAUAGUGAUGACGAUAUAGGUGCCAAUCCACAAACACAUCAUGGCCCUUCAAGUUCCAGCACACAACAGUACCCUCUGCACUUCUCCACUCUAAACUUGGAGGCUUUGGGGCAACAAGCAAACGGAGAUGCUGCUGCUGAGCGUUCUUCUACAGAGGUCUUAGAGUCGGAUCACCUGAAGUAUCAUGGGAAAUGUAAGGAGUUUGGCAAGGGUUGUAGUUGGUUGAUUCGCAUAUCGCUUCGUGCACGAAAGGGCACUUGGGAGGUUAGGAGUUACAACGGUCCGCACACUUGCUUGGCGACCUCUAUUUCCAAUGAUCACUGGCAGCUUGAUUACCACAUUAUCUGUGCGAGGAUUUAUCCGUUGGUUAGGGCGGAUGCUGCGUUUAUGAUAAAGGUCUUGCAACAAGCAACGAAAGCCGAUUACGGGUUCAGACCUAGUUACAGGAAGGUUUGGAUGGCAAAACCGAAGGUAGUAGCACAAAUAUACGGAAAUUGGGAAAAGUCAUAUGCCGAGUUGCCAUGUUGGAUGCUAGGGGUACAGUCAACCAUGGCCGGGACAGUUACAGUGUUGAAGACCUCUCCUAUUCGAGUUGGGGAUUAG